CUGUCGUAUUGUCCUCUGAUGCUUCCCAUGGAGACGCCGUCGUUGCUCUGGCUGCCGAAUAUUUGCUCGGAAAGUUGCGCUACUCCAGGAUCCCAAUUGGAAUAUUAUGUGAGCAAGACCUUUCAAGCCCAAAGUUCAAGUUGAGAUGGCUAUUUACCAUAUAUCUGGACACAGACAAAUGCAUUCACGUUCAAUUUUGGUGGAGGAAUCUUGGAUCUAUAUGGAAUCGUUUAAGCCCAUAUCUCUACCCUAGAAAGCAAUUCAAAUUGAAUAGAAAUCACAGUACAUCAAACUUUUUGGGCCAUUCAAAAUGCAGUCAAUAAGUUGAUUAGCGUCCAUGCAGCAUCAAGACUAUAUGUUAGAACAGGUGGUCAUGGAGAAACAGCCAAAAACGAAAAGGUGAACCUUAUUCAAGAGGUGGCUACAAAAUACUUCUGCACCGUGUUCUGCUCAUCAACAGAUGAUAUUUCAAGUGUGAUUGCUCAAAGUUGGGAGGACAGAGGAGGCGAUGUUGUUCAUGUAGUUUCCAGUAGAAAAAUGGAUUUCCAUCCCAAAGGGAAUGAUUGUACCUGGUUGAAGGUCAUUGUUGGAAAUGCUGACAGGGAACCAUCCACUGAUGCUGAAUAUGUUGGUGCUACUGGAAUCUCAAACCUAUUUAUUAGCCAGCUUGAAGAGCUGCUUUUGUUGAUAUGCCAGUUAAAUAAAAAGGCAAUUGGUGAAGAGGCACUGAUAGUUGGAUAUGUAAUGAAGCCUUCGCGUGAAGGAGAUUUUGCCAAGAGAGGUGCAUUCCCAAUGCACCCAACCGAAAAUGGACUGAUCUUUUUGCCCCUAAAUUAUGAUCUGCCCCUUGCACCCCAGUUUCAACUACUUGAUGCUGUUCUUCAUAAGGCCACAGAUGAGAUUUUGGCUGUUGACAUGGACAGUCCUUUAGGAUCUAUUGAGCAGGUUACAUUUACUAACAAUCUGCAGGAGUUGUGUAGGCACAUUAAAUGCCACCUGGAUUGUUGUGUUAUUGACCCAUUUAACAACGUGCUCCCCAUACUGGAUCGGUUCAGAAUCCAGCAGAUUCUUUUUGGCUUGGAAAAACUCAACAUUCAUGGCCAUUGCAAAAUUAGACCUCCCCAUUUUCUCAAGGUUGAUCGAUUUGAUGAAUCUGAUUUGGAGCAAAAGUUAGCCCAAGCAAAGUUGUCUCUACCAACUAUAGUGAAACCUCAAGUUGCAUGUGGUGUAUCCGAAGCUCACAGUAUGGCAAUUGUUUUUAAGAUAGAUCAAUACAAGGAUCUCAAUAUACCUCUUCCAGCAGUGGUUCAGGAAUAUGUUAAUCAUAUGGCUUUGAUUUACAAAUUUUAUGCCUUGGGUGGAAAGAUUUUUUAUGCAGUCAAAAAGUCAAUUCCCAAUGCUGAUAACUUGAUGAGUUUAUCUCCUGAGAAUGGAAUGAAACCAUUACUAUUUGACAGCCUAAAAUCCCUGCCGGUUGCUAAAGAGCAAGUCAAUGUUACUAGUCACCAGAUUGAUCUUGAUCUAGUUAAUCAUGCCGCAGAUUGGCUCAGAAGAACACUUGACCUUACUAUUUUUGGAUUUGAUGUUGUGGUUCAAGAAGGCACAGGUGACCAUGUCAUUGUGGAUGUGAAUUAUCUGCCAUCAUUCAAGGAAGUUCCUGAUGAUGUGGCGAUACCUGCCUUUUGGGAUGCUUUGAAGGAGAAGAUCCUGUCAGGAAAGUGCAAGAAUACCUCUUAAAUAUCACUAAUUGCUGUGGACAUGGAUUCAGAAUGCUUCUUUCUUAUCUUUUUGCUGUGGGGACAUAAUUACAUUUUUAGGGCAUGUAGUUUUUGUAGAACCCUCUAUGUAACUAAAGUGCAUUAUAACUUAUUUUAACCUAUGUUGGAGCGGGUGAGCUUCUUGAGAAAUUCCGUUUCUUUUGCUUUCAAUUUGAGCUCUCAGGCAAAUGUAGUCAUGCAUGACUUUUUCGUUAUGUUCAUAAAUUAGCUACCCAGACAGGCCAUAGAUCUGUGUAAGUGGUUAUGUCAUGCAGCUUAAUAUGCCUUUAGAAUGGGUACUGGUUCAA